AUUCAUUCUAAUCUUCCAACCAAGUUGCAAAAAUUACAAUAUUCGUCAAACAUCAUAGAUCAGUAUGAAAUCUGUCAUUUUUGCCAGUUUGAAUCAAGGAUCGUACCAGAUGGUCUUAGCAAAAAUUAUCCAAAAAAUAUUCGUUUCGAUCUGCUACCUAAUCGUAUCAAUAAAUUUUUAUCGCAAUUGUUAGAAAUCGUAAAUAAAAAUAGGAAAAGUACUUUUUGGGAUUCGGCAUUGGAUGUUUAUAAUAAGGCGGGACAUAAUGGUGCAAGAAAACCGACUUCAGUUAUGGCAAGAUUUCAGAAAUUUUUACCUGGUUACUACGGUUCCAAAGGUGCAAGUAUUAUCCUUAAGACUCUCAUUUCUCUUUUCAUUGAUUCAAAGAAGUUAUCAUCGGAUAUGAUAAUUCCUCUAAAACCUUUGGAUUAUCUUGCCGAAGUUCUGGUACCUGAAACUGCUAUCAGGCUAAUAGCCGAAGAUCAGAAUAUCAAAUUAGAUGAAGCAAAAAAUGUGAUGGAAGACAGUGUAGAUUUUGGAUUGUAUGUUCACGAUGUAGAGGAUGAUGAUAUAGAAGUUCUUGUGAAUGAAAUAAUUCCCAAAUCCUUGUAA